AUUCCUCUCUCAAUUUUCUUGUCUGAGAAUUUGGGCUUCUGCAGUCUGGCGGAGUCUCCCGUGCUCAGUCGGGCCGCUGUUAUCUCCUCCUCCUGUGCGGAUCAGGAUUUAGGAAAUUUGGCAGUUCCAUCCGGUGAAAGUAAAACAUAGAAAACACACUAUUUGGGCUUCUCAAAAUGCCGAAAGAGAGAAGGGUGAGUUCCUCACUUGUUGACCAGGCUAUGGUAUCUCCUUAUUCUCUCAGCUUGAAAAUCUCGGAUUGCGGCAAUCAUGACAGCUCUUCCCCAAAAAUCGGGGAUGAAAAGGAGUGGGAAGAAGCUCGAUGCCCUAUCUGUAUGGAGCACCCGCACAAUGCUGUGUUGUUGCUCUGUUCAUCCCAUGACAAAGGCUGCCGCCCUUUUAUCUGCGACACAAGUUAUCGCCACUCUAACUGUCUUGAUCAGUUCCGCAAGUCAGCUGAACAAGAAUCCGAGCUUCUCUGUCCCCUUUGUCGUGGAGCCAUAACUGGAUGGGAGCUCGUGCAUCCUGCACGGAAAUACAUGGAUUCCCAAAUAAGAACUUGUUCUUUGGAAACAUGUAGUUUCAGUGGAAAUUAUGUGGCACUAAGGAAGCAUGCCAGGCUCGAGCACCCCUCUAAACGCCCAUCUGAGGCCAGCCCUACUAGGCAAUCAAAUUGGGCAGCAAUGGAGCGGCAAAGGGAUAUCGAGGAUGCACUUGCCUACCAUUCGGAGUUCGAUUAUGACUGGACUGAAGAAAGCUUCUUGAGCAGCGAAAGCUUUUUCGACUUCCAAAGUGGUAUGUCCGACAUCGAGGAUUCAAUGAUAGACGAAAUGUUUCUUGGGAUUUCUCUUUCCUUCUUUAGCAUGUAUUCCACCUCUUCGGAGGAGUUGAUGGAUUCCGGCACCUCCAGAAGUCUCGAAAGACAGCUGGCUACUAUUCCAUUGCCGAAUAAUCCAGUAGGAAAUAUACCGACUAAUCUCCACAGUGAAAACAGGGCAAACCCCUCAAGUUCAGCUUUUCAAAGGGAAGAUGAUGUGAUAAAUCGACAGCCAAGAACUUCAAGUCCAAGACGCCGUUACUAUAGGGAAAAUGCCUCUGCACAUACAAGAAGAACAUCAAAUCACAAUCAUUUGAACAAUGCAAACAUUUCAAGGACAAGACCAAGUAAUCAGAGGGAAAAUCCCCCACCUGUGAGGUCACAAGCAAGACCAAAUUAUUACAACAGGGAUCGCGACCAGCCCAGUUCGAGGUCAAGGUCGAGUUAUUACAACAGGGAACAUGCUGACUCUUCGACAGCAAGACAGACUGCUACAAGACAUUUGCCUAGCUCGUCUAGACAGCAGCAUUUAAGACAUGUCCCCCCGGCAGUUCGACAGUCUGAUACUAGACAAUCAUAUUCGAGGAAUCACCAGUCAUCCACCAGACGAAUGCCUUACUCUUAUAAUCGGAGGCCAUAUUCCAGGUACUACCGCUCACCUUCUCCUAAUAGACAAUUACAUAGCUCUUCUAGACAAACUAGAUAUUAUGACUGACUGCGAUGAUCUUCGAAGAAUGACAUGUUAUCUUCUGCAAAGAUUUGUGAUAUAGUUUGAUUUUCUUGCUUUCGAAUUUUUGGACAGUAUGGUUCCCUGUUUGUUCUUUUCUGUUGGUUGUUUGUCUUUAUGGGAAAUCUUUUGGCAUCAAAUCUAGUCCCCAGUUUAUUUCAUUUAUCAGAUUUAUUGCUUUUAUGGUUGCUUAGGGUCCUGAUGCUGAAAGAAAUUUCAGUGUUUGGUGAAUUAGUUUUCAUACUUUGGUCCAUUGAUUGUUAUUGCUUAAUGUUGUUAAAAUAAUCAUGAAUUGAUCCUAUUCAUGAUCUGAUUUAAUUGAAUAUUUAAUGGAAUAUUAUGUGAGAAAAUAUUUGGAAAAAAUUGCUAUGUUGAUGAAUUGUGCUAAAAUUUUUCAAAAUAUCACUGUGAACAGGUAACUUAUUUUCUUUGUAUAUUGCCCAAAGUUAGCAAUAUUUAAAAUAUAUAUAGAAUAAAUUGCUUGGGUAGUCCAUCUUGUUCCUUGAAAUUAUUUAUUAUAUACACAUUUUUAGUAAUUAAAUUUAUAUAUGUUUUGCUGAAGUGGCAUAGAUGAUGCAUGAUUUGAAAUGUUUGGAAAAAUCU